CUGUCAGUUGUUUGAUAUUAAGGUAAAACAGAAGUAGUGGCGCGUGUAUAGAUUCAAUAAGCGACAUUAGUACGUUUACAGGUCGCGCUAUAUGACAUGGCGGAGUGAUCGCGGUUGUGCGCUGGUUUUCCUUAUACAGAAAGUGCUUCUGUCUAGAGCACCAGGAGGUGAAGCGGGAGUGAAGUGCGAGAGAAGCCGCGUGAAGGCGCUCAGGUUCGGCAUUACUUCUCAAAGUUUCUCGCAGACACUGAACACGCAGACACUGUUCGUUCACCUUCCUUCCGGGUCUGUUUAUGAGCGCCGGGUCUGAUCUCACUCACAGACUGUCGCUCCAGCGCUCGGCUGGUUGUUUUACGGUCAUUUUCUCCGGUUUAAAGGAUGUUAUCCAGCCCCACCGGAGCGGCACUGAGUGGAAACGGAUCAGCGGCGGGGAAGAGCGCAGGCCACGGCGCGGUGGUGAUCGGCGGCGGGCUUCGGACGGGGCUCGUCCGCUCUGCUCCAGCGGGGAUGCUCGGGGGGAACGGUGGCGUCAGACCGGGGAACGGGACCGGACUGGGUAUCGGUCAGGCUGGAGGGAUGGUGGGCGGUUUGGGAAUCGGGAUUCCCGGGAGAUACGAGCCGGGUAAAGAGGGACCCCCGCACGGCUGCAGCGGCUCGGAUGCGGACUCGGACUCGGGCGAUGAGGACGAGCACAUGGGGUCGAUCGGGAACGGCCGGAGGGGUGGAGGUGUUAAGCGGGAGAGAGCGGAGAUGGAGGCGGCGAUGGUCGGACAGGAGACCGGCUUACCCUCGGGGGCGUUCGGGGUGGUCGCGGGUGGAGUGACCGGAGCGAAACCGGGCAAGAAAACCCGGGGGAGAGUGAAGAUCAAGAUGGAGUUUAUCGACAACAAACUGCGUCGGUACACCACAUUCAGCAAGAGAAAAACCGGCAUUAUGAAGAAGGCGUACGAGCUCUCCACGCUCACAGGAACUCAAGUCCUGCUCUUAGUGGCGAGUGAGACGGGUCAUGUCUACACGUUUGCCACACGAAAACUGCAGCCCAUGAUCACCAGUGAGACGGGUAAAGCUCUCAUCCAAACCUGUCUGAACUCGCCCGAUUCUCCACCCCGAUCCGACCCGUCCACAGACCAGAGGAUGAGUGCCACGGGGUUCGAGGAAACUGACCUCACAUACCAGGUGUCUGAGUCGGAGAGUCUUGGAGAAACCAAGGAUUCUCUGAAGCCGGCUUUCACCGUGGCGAGUCUACCGGGCACCACGAGCGCUCAACCCACCGUACCCACCACCUCCACCAGCAUGCAGGUGAGCAGUGGCCCCUCCUUCCCCAUCACCAACUACCUGGCACCCGUCUCUGCCAGCAGCAACGUCAGCGCCAUCGCCGGCGCCAAUGGCACGGUACUGAAGAGCACGGGAACCUCCGGAGGAGUGAUGCAACUGCCCAGUGGAUUUGCCUUCAUGUCAGGCAGUCCAUUUGGCCCUGGAACUCCCACCAUUCCUCUGAGUCAGCUGCAGCAGCAUUCACUCGCCCUUCAGAGUUCAACCGGUCAGGCCAUAGCAGCCACCUCAUCCACCCCGUCACAACCACAACAGGGGCAACAAGCUGUGUUCCGUCUGCCCGCCACUGUCUCUCUCACAGGUGGUGGGAUGCCACAGCAGCUGCAGGCCAUUCAGGUCCAGCAUUCCACACAGAACAACACCGACAGCAGUCCAGAGAUCUCACAGAGCAGCACUGCAUCUACAGCUACAGUUAGUCUCCCAGCAACCAUCGUCACAUCGUCAGUGCCCACUUCCAUGACAGGUCACAUGAUGUAUCCCAGCCCGCACACAGUCAUGUAUGCGUCGGCCCCGACACUGACAGACGGGGGUUUGGCUGUGCUCAACGCCUUCUCACAGGGUCCGUCUGCAAUGCAGGUGUCACACGCACAGUCUCAGGACACAGGUGCUGUUCCUCAGGUGUUUCUCACAGCGCCCCCUGGUACAGUUCAGAUCCCCGUCUCAGCGGUGCAUCUUCACCCAGUACGGCAAGAUCAACACUUCACAAAUGGUGAUUGGUCAGCAGUCCAGCGGCAGCAGCAGUAACCUGACGGAACUUCAAGUGGUCAAUCUAGACGCCUCACAGAACGCCAAGAGCGAUUGACCGUUUGCCCUACGUUGACUUUACAAAGACACCAGAGACUAGCAUUGCUAUUUAUUAACACCUCCUCGCCUUUCUACUCUUUCAUUUAUACAGUUUGUCAUCUGUAUGUAUGUGACUGGACAGUUUCGACUGUAAACGUGUGACGUCCCGCGGGAGAAAUAGACACAGAUAUGCGGCGAUGCAUGUCACUGUCGUCUGCAUUAGUGUGUGUGAGGAUAGGAAAGGUCUACACUACCUUCUUUCAGAUCCUGUGUUUCUUAUGUGUGUGAAUGCAGGUAAAAUCAGUGUUCGUGAAGUGUUGUGAACAACGCAGCUUCUCACAUCUGCCAAAUAUUACGUUUCGUUUAAAGUGUGCUUUUGUGAGAGCACGUGGUUAUGAGUGAGUGUGAGUCAGGGUUGGGCAAAAUGCUGAAUUUAACAAUUGGCUCCCUUUCAGUUAAUGAGUGUAAAUUUGAUUUGAACAUCCACACAGUAUGUUGAAGAAGAGCGCAACAGUCUGGUUACGGAAGUAAAAAUUCCAUUCAUUUUCUCCAAAGGCUAAUUGAAGAUUUUUUAAGUUAUCGUUAAAAAUGGUAUACGGGUCAAUGACGUGACACUCAUGCUUUUUGUUUACGUCUAAUAAAUCAUUAAAAAAAUCAAAUCAAAUCAAAGUCUCCUUAAAAGCUGAAAUUCUUGAAAAAAAAGAAAUGUUGGCAUGAUUUGUGCUGAAUAUUUAUUUUAUUAUUAUUUCUUUUUUUUAAUUUUUAAUUUUAUUUUGGAAUGCCCAAUUCCCAAUGCGCUCUAAGUCCUCGUGGUGGCGUCGUGACUCGCCUCAAUCCGGGUGGCGGAGGACGAAUCUCAGUUGCCUCCGCGUCUGAGACUGUCAAUCCGCGCAUCUUAUCACGUGACUUGUUGAGAGCGUUACCGUGGAGACGUAGCGUGUGGAGGCUUCACGCUAUUCUCCACGGCAUCCACGCACAACUCGCCACACGCCCCACCGAGAGCGAGAACCACAUUAUAGCGACCACGAGGAGGUUACCCCAUGUGACUCUACCCUCCCUAGCAACCGGGCCAAUUUGGUUGCUUAGGAGACCUGGCUGGAGUCACUCAACACACCCUGGAUUCAAACUCGUGACUCCAGGUGUGGUAGCCAGUGUCAAUACUUGCUGAGAUACCCAGACCCCCUCAUUGUUAUUUCUUAAGAAAAUAAGCAGUGAAACAAUUUUAUUUUAAAAUAUAUAUAUAUAUAUAUAUAUAUAAAAAUUUUAAAAAAAAUUGUCCACCAAAUCAGUCAUGUGGUGUAACCAACAUGUAGGUAGAAAUUUUGUUGUCAUGUGACAAAAAUCAUAAAACAGAAAAGACCUCUUUAGACUGUGUGUGAAGUUUUAUAAAUAAAUAAAUAAAUAAAAAGAAAUCAUUAUAUUGUCAUAUUAUUAACUAUCAAUAUUUUAACAUUUGUAUGAAAAUGCACACUUUGUUCGGGUCAUUUGGUGCAACCAUGAGAAAACUUCUUGAUAUACUUGUUAAAAAAUUAUUUUUCACCUUGAAACAUAUGUUAGAAAACUUUUUUGGAAUUAAUGAUGAAGUUGUGUACACUCUCAUGUAUUCAAGGUGCAAGGAAAGUGUUUUCAUACCUUUUACUUGAUGGUUACACCACAUGACAUUUUUAAAGUCAUUAAAUACAUUUUUAGUAGAAAAUGCCAUAAUUGAAUUUACAAAAACAUGAACUCAAAGAUUAUGUCUACGAACUUGACGUGUGUUUUAAACUAGAUUUUUAAAAUACUUAUUUAUACCUUAUUUGUCAGUGACCCAUAUGCCUCUGUUGAAACCAUCAGUCAAUUUCAUUUAAACUUUAAUAGUGACAUUUCUCACAAAGAACUACACUACCCAUGAUCCUGAAGAGAAAGAUCCACCAAUCAGAGGAUCUCUGCAGCGACAUUUGUAUAUAUCUGAAUAUUUUGCAAUAAAAUUAAAAUACAUUGUUUCUACACUUGUAAUCAACAACUUUAAAAUCAGUAGUUUUAUAUUUGUCCAGCAUUUUUAAUUCGAUUGCAUCAUUGGCAAUGCUUCAUGGGAUUGUAGUUCAUUCCCUCAUUAAAGACAGUCUUGUAUCUUUGUCUUUUUAUCUGAUUUUCAAACACGUUUUUGCUUCAAAUCAAAGUGUAUAAUGUUGUGAUGCACCUCGGAGCUGGUUGGUUUUGUUCAUGGUGCACAACUCUUUUAUGAAGGAUUUUGUAAAAUCCCUAUUGAAAAAAAUGAAUGAGGAAAAAUACCUCCGGAACCAAGACGACUGAAAACGUGGGCGGGUACUGUUGCGCUCUAUUUGAAUUGGAUGAUAUUCACACUAUUUUAAUAGUCCAACACAAGUUUUGAAACAAAACAAAAAUAAUGACAUCAUUCAUUUUGAAUAAUUAUCCCUGAUUAUUCACUGAUAUGCAGAAUACUUCUAUUGUUUUUAUUUUUUAUUUUUUUAUUUUAUAUCUAAACUAGAUUUAA